AUCUAAAACCACCUGCUCUGGGCUCUGCUUCAGGAAGCUUCCAGCUUCUUCACCUGAGACCUCACCGGCUCCCCAGAUCCAGAGAUUAUCAAGAGGGACCAGGAGAUGGCGAACUGGGGGACUCGCCAGGGCCCACCACCCGUGGUGUCCACCGUGGUCAACAUUCAGACUGAGACCACCGUGCCCGAUCACAUCAUCUGGUCCAUGUUCAACACGCUCUACUUCAACGUCUGCUGCCUGGGCUUCAUAGCCUUCGCCUACUCCGUGAAGGCCAGGGACCGGAAGAUGGUGGGCGACGUGAUUGGGGCCCGGGAGUACGCGUCCACCGCCAAGUGCCUGAACAUCGUGGCCCUGGUCCUGGGCAUCCUUGUGAUCGUAGUGGGCAUUGUUUGUCUGGUGGUGGUGUUGCCGGCAGCCUAUCAUGCAAUGGUGCAGAGCACGCAGCGCUUCGGCGGAGGUGCCUAGGUGCUGCCCGUGGCCGGGGCACCACGUCCUCCCCACCCCUCCCGGCCCUGCCCCCGCCGCCCACCCCUCCACACAGCGCUGUGCACGGACAAAGCUGUCCCCACUGAACCCAAUAAAGUGCCCUUGGAUGUGA